AUGAUAAAUGUCCUUCUCNAUAAUGGUACUUUGACAUACAAGCAAAUUCGUCAUUGGUACUUCGAGGCUGAUAAAUCGAAUGGUACGCUAGAUGACGUCAUUACUUCUCUGAAUGUUCCUAUGGUGGCAGCUGCAGCAAAGGCGAAGAAAAUGAACCUAGUAAGCUUUUACUUGGGCUUAAAUGCUCUAUUCGCAAUGUUACAUCCUAGAUGGUUUAUUCAAAAACCAGUGAGAGAGCUGCUUUUUGACGGAUACUCGGAUAUUCUUGUAACACUAGGCCAUAAAUUCAUGCAUAUUCCUUAUGAUAAGUUUGGCUGGUUUUAUCAACGAAAUGGAUCAGAUGAUGGAAUAAUUAACAUCCACACUGGUGAAAAUGACAUAAAUAAUAUAGACGAAAUAUUCACGUGGAAAGACCAAAAGUAAGCAUUAAAUCAUGCA